CCGAUCAAAAAAAAAACGUGCACGGAGUAUAUAUAUACACCACCCGAUGUUUGGUGGCCAUCACCUCCGGAAACCCUAAUCCCCAAGUCCCAUCCCCGAGUCCCACCCCUGAUCACGAUGCCCAGAUCAAGCCGCCGCCGUUCUCCUUCUCCUCCGGGAACCUAUUAUUCGCCCCUCUCCUCCGGGAACGGUCGCCGCUCCCUCCACGGUCGUCCUCCGACCCGCUCCUCCGAGAACCCUAAUCCCCAUGACCCACUCCCGGCGGUGCCGGCGGCCGCGAUGUCCGAAUCGAGACACUGCUCCUUCCCCGUUCGUCCUCCGACCUACUCCUCCGGCAACACGGCCACGAUGUCCAGAUCGAGCCGCCGCCCCUUCCCCGGCCGUUCCGCCUCUGUCCUCCUCGACUCGUAUGGGUAUGUGUUCCUGGCCGGGGACGACACCGAUGCCACCGGGUAUGGGUUGGUGGUCGGGGACGACAACGACACCACCGCGCAGACCUUCACGACAGCAACAGGAACUAUCAAGGUGACCUUCGUAUUGGCAGAUCUCCCGUCCCUCUCAUACUUCUACGUCCGCUGCCUCGACCUAUCUGCCAAUCCCUUCGGCAUUGAGCCGGGAAUCGUUUGGUCCACGGAGGACCUCGCCCUCCUCAGAUUGCAAGUCGACACUUGCCGCUCACCCUACUUCAUCUACAGGGCCGGACUGCACGGGCGCCGGCCAUCACUUGAUCCGCUUCCCGAUAUCAGCAGCGCCUACUUUGCUAAGUGGAAUCUAGAGCCACACCUCGUCGGCGUCUUGCCUGACGGUGGUGGCACAGACUUUGUCUUAGCCGCUUUCCCAAAGUUCUCAAUUGAGUACGAGCUUCAUAUCUUCAGAUCCAAGCAGCGUGCCUGGACCACAGAGCUGUUGGUCCCAGAUCUUCCAUGUUGGAUUACACGGAAACGGAGCAUAGUUAAACCUAACAAGGUGAUUGCCUUACAAGGUGGAUUGCUGGGGUUUGUUGAUCUGUGGAACGGUAUUUUGCUCUGCAAUGUGCUCAAGGAACCCGUGACAGUGGAUUUUGUUCCAUCGCCGAAGCUGCUUCCCACUAACCGAGAACACUACAACGAAUCAUUUGCAUGGCCCAUUCGAGAUGUCACCUGCACAGAUGGUUCGAUCAUCAGGUGUGUCGAGUUGGAAAAGAUAUACAGUGUGAAAACCAGCAUUCCUGAUGCCUCAACCAUGGAUCUACUCUUUGAUUCUGAAGCGGUUGAUCCAACUGAGGAGAGGAUAGUAGAAGAAUUUGCUGGUUGGCGGCUCAUUACAUGGUUUAGGGAGCUCUCUUGGUGCUAUUGGCGCAAGGGCAGUGUGUCUCAUGUGGAUGAACUUCAAACUGUCUCCUUGCCUCAUCCAGAUUACGGCGGUAAUGGUGCUGCAGAAUCACCGUUGAAAACCCUUAUAGCAUCUUGUCCCACCGUGUUUGGGGAUGACAUUGUUUGUCUCAUGUUCAAGAACAAUCAUCGCGAUCACGAUGCAUGGAUUCUCACUGUUGACAUGAGGAGCAAGGCAGUGGGAGAGCUGGUUCCAUUUCAUGCAAAGAAAUUAAGGCAUUCUAAUCAUUCUAAUACCACCUACAUUCCCUGCCCGCUGAACAAAUAUCUGAAUAGUGAAUCAGGUAGAGCUCAAGUUGGUUUGCAAAAUGCCUGUUCUGACGGACGUUUUCUGCAAGAGCUUCCCUGGCAAAACUCGAGCAAGUACAGUAGUAAUACUUCCCAACAGAAGCGGCAGCGAAUGGUGCAAGUUUGAAUCUACUUCGGCUUUGACAACCCGCUCAGUCAGUCCUCAUCAGGUCCUGUGGAAGUGAUUGCUGCGCUUGCUUGCUAAAGCGCUGGCAGCCGCUGUGCCCGAAGAGGGAUACCAUAAUCUGGGACAAAUGCUUGCUGUUACUGGAGCUCAAGGCAUCAGUGGUUCCCCG